AUCUCGGAUGAGGACAGAUACAAGUCUGGUGGGAUACUGUACGGAGCUCGCAAACUGUACACAAAAAUAAAUAAAGACAAAUUGUAAAAGGAAGGAAGACGAUACUACUUGGCUGUGAGAAUUUGUUAAAAAAAAUAGAGCAUCUUCAAAGUAUGUCUUUAUAAACACAUACAAAACGAAUUAUAGGCUACAAGUCUCUCUAGAUACAUGCCAAGGGCACGUUGACGUGUAUUGUCACGAACCCUAUUAAAUGUUGAUCUGCACAAGGAAAGCGGACUUGGAGACGCAUUGCCAUUUCGCUCUGAGAACACCGAGUUGGUUUUGAGUGACGUUUCUUCUCUUUUCCUCCGGGGCUAUCAGUCUGCGAGCUACACCGUUUUCUAAUUGAUCCGUCAUAAAUGUCAUUCCUGAACAUAAGAAAGCAGCGACAGCAGCUUACUCCUGUAUCGUAUUAUUUCGUCUCAUUAAUUUCGAAGCCAGAGGAUCGAUAAACAAGAUCAAUUUUUUUGUUGAGAGUUGAGAGAAAUCAAUAGGCGACAUAUCAACUGCCACGCCGAGACCUAUUCCCUCAUUGAAGUGAACGCAGUGACAUAACGACUCUAACGGACUCGGUCAGAUCAGGUGAAUAAUUUCCAAAGACAAGGACUAUCAUUGGUCUCACACCAACCGACAAUAAUGCCAACAGAAAUACAAGCAAGUGGCUGUACAUGUCAAACAACGUUUGGAUUGUCAGGAAUUCGCAGCUCUCAUCCUGUUGAACACCAUCAGUAGCUGCCACCUUCAGUGAGGUCCUCUUAAACCACUUCCACUGACCCCUGAACCCUCGUUGCCAUGGAGAACAUGAGUGAGCUCCAGAACCCGCUCCUGGACAAGAACAGCAAGCACGUCGUCAACGGUUACGGCGGCGACUUCCCUAACAACCAGUACCAGGAGAACAUCAUCAACUACUUAACCGGUGGCAACAGCGGAGAAGGAGGAGGUAACACUAACAACGGUACGGUGGCCCAUGUGGGACACAACAACCCCAACGGCAAGACGAAAGCCCAACAACUCCUGGACGCCACAUCCCUCCAUCUGGCCGUCGAGGCCUUCUACAGGCCUAACUUUAUCCUGUACAAGGAGGAAGGGGGAGGAGGUGGCGUCAAGUCCAAGGAUUAUAAGAGCGAGUGCUGCGAGACUACCUUCACAGAGAAGAAAGAGAAGGAGAGGGAGGCAUCUGUCGCAGUGGAGACCCCCGGCAGCACAGAGGACCCUCAGGCCAAGCUGCUGGAAGAAGGAGACAAUGUGAAGAUACAGACUGUCUCCUACGAGGUGGAGGAGGAGGAGUAUGUGGAUUACGAGACGGACUGCUCCAGUGACAGCGAGAGUGAAGAUAACUUCAUAGUGAUCCCACCCAGAGACCACCUGGGCCUGGCCAUCUUCUCCAUGCUCUGCUGCUUCUGGCCCCUGGGCAUCGCUGCGUUCUACUUCUCCCAGGGGACCAGCAAGGCGGUGACGAAGGGCGACUUCCCGCUGGCGAGCAUCGCAUCACGAAGGGCUUUGUUCCUGGCAGCCCUCUCCAUCACCAUCGGGACAGGCGUCUACGUGGGGGUGGUGGUGGCACUCAUCGCCUACCUCUCCAAACCAGGUCACAUAUAGCAGCGCCAGGGGGAACUGGUCCUACCGGUAAUGGAAGACUGCUACUGCCAGGGAAAGGUUUAGGGGGGCAUCAUUAUUUUUUUCUUCCACCAUCCCUCUAUCUGUCCAGCCUUCUCUCAGACUACCAGGGGAACAACAGGAGAGCAGUGAUGAACCACCCCUUCUCAAUGGACACACUGCUACUGCCAGGGAAUGGUUUGAACUGCCCUCCUCCCGUAACAUAACAGCACUGCUGACAUGGAAUACGUUCCUCUAUCUUUCUCCCUCAUCCCUUCAUCUCUCUAUCCUCCUCCCUUCAGCCUCCCUACAGGCAGCAAAGAUUAGAUGAAGGAACAAAGAGGAGCUAGGCAUGAAGGGGAGAGGAGGAGGAGGAGAAGAGCAAGGGGAAACUAGGACAGAGAGAACACAGACACUGUUUUCUCUGGGAAAAGUUAUCUGAAGUGAGGUAAAGAGGAACACAGUUUCAGUUGUGCUGUCCUGUUCUGUUCGCCUUUCCCCCCUGUAGGGUGUUUGAACUUUGCUUUGUUACUUCAACAUUCUACAGACCAUUACAGAAACAGAGAUGGGUGGGGAGGGAUCAGACAGCAAAAAACAUUGUUUGCAAUUACUGAGACUUUAGCAGACGGAGGGACUUCAAGGGACCGCAGUGUCUGGAGGUCUCACUGAGAGGACUAUAAAAACGUCCUUGAAUUCUCUAUCUGUAUGCCAUCCGAACCAGGUUUGAACAUUUUGAUUAUUUGGAGCCCCUGCUACUAACUGACUAUCUCUGUUAAUUUACCAUCAAAUGUUUCUUCAAUGGGCCUGGUUCUAAGGCCUACUGCUGGGUGGUUCUCUGUCAACAUGAAGCCUCCGCCCGUCUGCUCCUCUCUCUCUCUCUCGUCUGAGAUAGGAGAGAGAGAGAGAGAGAGAGAGAGAGAGAGAGAGAGAGAGAGAGAGAGAUUCAUGGUGAUGUCAUAUAACAGACCCCUAUUGCUUUCUGCCUUUCAGAACUUUAACGUUUCUGUCUGGCCAAUGGCGCGUUUUCAUCUUCAAUAAGGAGACUUUUGGGACUAUUGUCAACAAACUCAGAAGUGUUUAAUUGCAGUUUGUCUUUUCAUUGAAGAAAAAAAGGAUAAUGACAACAAAGAAAAAGCUGCAUCCAAACAUUGACAGAUUUCAUCAAAGAAGGAUUUGUUUUGUGUAUUUCUUAGCUGAACCAGCUGCGAUGGCAUGAAUUCAAUUAUAUUAAUUAAAGAAGAAAAAGCUAAUUUCCUGCUCUCUGCAGGUGAACUGGGGGGGUUACCAGGGAGAGAGAACUUCAGAAUGAUGCACAAUAGUUAAGUUUACCUCCUUAAAGCUACAUAAAUGUCAGUCCAUCAAAGGGAAACGCCUUCCACACAGACGCCAGUUCAAUGAGGACAGGACAAAUCAUCCUCUAGUACUAACGUCUACUAAUCUAUCAUCUGCAUCAUAAACUCAACUCUCUGGUCGCUGGGACCAGUGUAAACUCAACUCUCUGGUCUCUGGGGCCAGUGUAAAUUCAACUCUCUGGUCUCUGGGGCCAGUGUAAAUUCAACUCUCUGGUCUCUGGGACCAGUGUAAAUUCAACUCUCUGGUCUCUGGGACCAGUGUAAAUUCAACUCUCUGGUCUCUGGGACCAGUGUAAACUCAACUCUCUGGUCUCUGGGACCAGUGUAAACUCAACUCUCUGGUCUCUGGGACCAGUGUAAAUUCAACUCUUUGGUCUCUGGGGCCAGUGUAAAUUCAACUCUCUGGUCUCUGGGACCAGUGUAAACUCAACUCUCUGGUCUCUGGGACCAGUGUAAACUCAACUCUCUGGUCUCUGGGGCCAGUGUAAAUUCAACUCUCUGGUCUCUGAGGUCUAACUCAGUGUUGUGAUACAGUAAAGUACAGGUAUUCAAUAAAUGCCUUUCCAGGACCCAGGCAGAGUGUGAACAGUGAAGCGUUGAAACCCAACACUGUAAAAAUUACAGCCGCCUCCCUCCCAUAUGCCAUAGGAGAUAUUAAAAGGAGAAAACGAUUUCAGUAUCACUAAUAAAGACUGAACCGUGUGGAUUUGGCUCCUGAGGGAAAAAGGCUGGGAAGUGUUUUGCUAUAAUGGCUCCCAUUAGAACUCAGCAGCAGUAGCCAGAAGGCUAUACGCUUGGAAAGUGGAAACGCUUGGAAAGUGGAGACAUCAGAAAACGUUAAAAAAGUCAACAUUGUGUAUACAGCUUGACGUUUGAGAGACACCGUCGUGCUUGCUAGCAAGGAGAUUUGCGCUGGCUAAUUAACGGUAAAUACUGUAAGUGAAUUGUUUCCCCUCUCAAUUAUCCAAACUAAAAUUGUUUACAGUUAGUUAGCAGUCACUAUUUUGCUAGCUACGGUAGUGCUGCCAUGCCAAUAAUAACCUGUUUCCUAAAAUGACGGGUGUUUCCAGUUGUAUUUACAUUUGCAGUCGGUAGACAUGUUGUUUGAACUGUCUUUUUCAACUGCUGUGGGCAUUGUCUCGCCAAUAGGCUAAUUAUGUCUGACCAUUAUCAAUAGACACACAGAGAGACUUCUUCUUCAUUAGACUAGACACUGAGGCCAUGCACGCUCACACACACACACACACAUACACACACACAUACACAUACACACAUACAUACACAUCCUGGGUGGCAGUCCCAGAUAACAGCCCACCAUGUUUUAAUUGAUUUCCUAGAAACUUUUGUUGUUCUGGGCCGUUAACACUCGCCUCAUUCAUUACCUAAUGAACUGAACUCACUAUUUACACCUGGUUGCUCCUACAAUUACAUGACCUUCGACCUUUCAACCUCCCACCCCUUUUACAGUACGUUCCCAUGGCAACUGUUUGGUCCCAACUGUUGCAGAGCCAUUGAUUUUUACUGCAGUGUGGCUGAAUCAGGGUCACACAGAGUAUUUCUUGGUAGUCUUAAACAAAUCUACUUUGAACCUAAAGUAAACACCUCACACACAUGGUUCUGGGCUUAAAAUAAAGAAGCCACCUGUACCAUAUCAGAUAUAGAGUUGAAAUGUAUUACAUUUUGAGUUUGCAUCUCAAUAAUACACUUUAUACAGUAUACAUCCCAGAAGACUGAAAUUUUGCAAAACUGUUUUAAGACGUAGAAACCCCGUACUUUCAUCGGGUUUCUUUAAAUAAUGUUAAUUAUUUAUUAAUUUAUGAUACAUAUUAAUAACAUUCCACCCAUGAGGCCACUGGGUCAUUUGACUGCAGGAAAGGGAUCUAUGAUAGAUCUGUCUCUGCUCUGUGGAAUCCUUUAAGAUCACAUUAUACAAUAUUAGUGCUUGCACAUUGUUCUGAUGCCAAACACUGUCAACUACUACUGAGAGAUGUUAUAGGUAGUUUUGUUUGUUUUUACAGUGUCCAUAUUAGGACAUUCAACUCCACCUGAGACUGAAGAUGUCCUAAUAUGGACACCAUAUUAUUGUUUGUUUAUCUUUUUUGUUGUUGAGGAAAACUCUUCACUGCUGAUAAAUCUGCUGAUAAAUGAUUUGUGUUCUGUUCUGUAUGAUGUGUUUUAUGUGGCUCUUUAGUGAACCAGGUAUUGUCCAAUAUGUCGAAUAGGGUUUACCAUUAAUGUUGAUGCUGUUGUUUCUCCCAACUCUAAACCUUAUUGGCUGAUGAUCUCCAUCUAUGUAACAACUCUUAAACUGAUAGGCUAAACAUUUCCGUGUACGUAACUAAGAGGUUUUAACAGGAUGUUUCUGAGCAUUCUUCAAUACCAGGGUGGUCAUGUUAUCUCUGAGUAUUGUGAUAUUAAAAAAAAAGAAUAAAAAAAAAAAAAGAUAAAAAAUGACUUGCAUUUUAUGUUGGAUUUACAUUAAGGUUGGGAUGCCCUACCUACUGUACGUCUUGUGAGAUGAUAACAUGUAAAUAUUCCGGGAUGUAAUUUAAAAUAAAAACAAAAGGAGAUGAUUUUCUUUUCUUAAAACUUGAAAAUGUUUUUCUUUCUCAGUCGUUUGGCAAAUCAAAUCACAUUUUAUUUGUCACAUGCUCCAAAUACUACAACAACCUUACAGUGAAAUGCUGACUGACAAGCCUUUAAUCAACAAUGGCA